AUGACUAUUAUUCCUUCCAUUCCAGUAUGGUUAGAUUGUGAUCCAGGUCAUGAUGAUGCAUUUGCAAUCCUUUUGGCAGCUUUCCACGAGAGAUUUAAGUUAGUAGGAAUAUCAACAGUACAUGGCAACGCCUCAUGCUCAAAGACAACCCAUAAUACUCUAGGGCUAUUGGAUGUAUUAGGAUUUAAGCAGGAUGAAGUAAAAGUAUAUAGAGGAGAAAGCAAACCAUUAGUCAAAAAACCAGAACACUCACCAGAAAUUCACGGACCGACCGGUCUUGGAGGCGUUGAAAUUCCUGAUGUGCCCAGAAUACAAGAAUCUAAGGAUCGCACGUAUUUACAAGCAAUGCGGAAAGCUAUUUUGAAAUACCUGGGUCAGAUAUGUGUUGUAUGUACCGGCACUUUGACAAAUAUGGCUACUUUAAUUAACACCUACCCUGAAUUAAAAUCGAAAAUACGUUUAGUUUCUAUUAUGGGUGGUGGAAUAAGUAUGGGAAACGUAACCAAAUACGCGGAAUUUAACAUCAAUUGUGAUCCGCUUGCAGCAAUGCAAGUAUUGAGCGAUAAAGAUUUAACUGGUAAGACUAUAUUGGUUCCAAUAAAUAUUACACACACAGCCAUUGCAACUGAAAAGGUUAGAAAUAACAUAGGUUGCAUGUUUGAAGGGCUGAAGAGAUCUCCAGUGAGAAAGCUAUUUUAUGAAACCAUAAUGUUCUUUGCCGAAACAAAUCGCAUCGAUCAAGACUUUACCGAAGGACCUCCUGUUCAUGACCCAUUGGCAGUGUUUCUUAUCCUUGCAGUAAUUAACAAGCAAGAUAAUAUAGAAGACGAUAUUAAUUUUGUAUACUUAAGACAGCAUAUAAAUGUCGUCCAACAAGGGGAACGUGAAGGUGAAACUAAAAUAGUCGUUAGGGAUAAUUUGGAUGAAACUGAAGACAAAACCGAUGGAAUUUAUAUAGGCAUGGAAGCUAAUAUCGAAUUAUUCUGGAGCUUUGUCUUUCAAGCACUUGAGAGGGCAGAUGAUUAUGUUUCAAAAUUAAUAUAG